AAAGCCAAUGGAUGAACAGGACAAUGAUUUUAAAGAGUUGUGGGCAAAUAUUUUGAGCAGGGCAAAGAAAAAUGGGGAUACUGAGGCAACAAAGAGGGUUCAGAACAAGCCAAAGAGCACCACAACACGAAGCAAAUUAAGAAGAGGCAAAGCUGCUGCUAAGAACCAAACCCAUCAUCACUUACCAGUAGUGAAGGAGACAAACUUGCCUCAAGAUCUGAGUCCAAAGAAGCAAACCUUGUUGCACAAAGAAGAUGGUGAUGCUGCAGCCUGUAGUGGUGAGACUGCACAGGGGGAUGGAGCAAGGAGCCCUCUCCCUGCCAGCCAGCUGAGCACAGAGUCCACUGAGUGUAGCCAGAGGCCUCUGACAGUAAAUCCUCCAAGUGGCUGUUCCCAGACCACCUUACCCUUCCUUCCUGCUGCUCCUGCAGGAAGCUGCUCCUCACCCAGCCCGAAGGUGCGUGUGGCAGAGCUGGUGGUGGAGAGAAUGCAGCAGUUUAAGAGGGUGGCACCCGAGCAGCUGAAGCACAGCUGGGAUGGCAGUGUGCCAAAGGCUGCAGCCAGUGGGGAUUUCCCUGCCAGGAGCCAGGAGCAGAACCCUCCUGAGGAUGAUUCCCACCAUCUCCCAUCCAUGGAACACGACACUGCUCUGGCUUUGGCUCUUCAGCAGGAAUCCAAGGAGGAAGCCCUGGCAAGCCUGGAGGAUGCAGGCUUGUUCUUCUGUCAGAUCUGCCAGAAGGAUCUCACAGCCAUGAACACCCUGCGACGAGAGCAGCACGUCAACAGGUGUCUGGAUGAGAUGGAAGAAACACAGAUGUCAUCCUCCAGCAAGCCAGUGGUCCCUGAGUGUCCCAUCUGUGGGAAGCAGUUCCAAACCCUGCAGAGCCGAGUCAGUCACCUGAAACGCUGUGCUGUGGAGAUGGAUGUGCCUCCUAAUCUGCUGCUUCAGGCAGUGCAGUUGCAGGUGGCCACACUUGGGGAUGCAGCUCUUCAGUGUCCCAGCAAUCAGCUCAGCAGGGCAAAGAGGAAAGGCCCCUCCAACGAGGACUCAAGGAAAACACAGAAAAGGGCCAAAAUGGAGCCUAAGGAUGAAGAUUUGCAGGUUGCCAUGGCAAUGUCACGCUCUCUGUUGGAGCAAGAAAAGCAGGAACAAGCAAAAGCAGUCACAAAUGUGAAAGCAGUGGCUGCUUUCCCAAUCAAAUGGAAGCCAGGAUCAGAGAAGAAAAGGCGCAGGAAGGGCACCAGUGCCCCUCCACCUCUGCUGCUCCAGGACCCAGAGAAGGCCCAGAAGAGGAUCCAGGAGCGAGUAGCUCUGAUGCUGACAGAAGAGCUGGAAUUCCCUCCCACCCCUCAGCUGCCUAUUAGUAGGAUUCUGGAGGAUGAAUCUGAAAAAGCAACCUGGCUCAUGCCAUUGCCCAAAGACAAGGAAUGCUUUCUAUGGAAGAUCAGUGCUCUGACAGAACCCUGUGACCCUGAAUCAUUCUACACUGCAGCCUUAACCCCUCCAAUUGUACCCUGGAAGCCUGUGCAGAAUAAGCCAGAGAACCUUCAGUCAUCUGUGGGAUCUCAUCAGCCAGAAAUAUCCCAGCAAACUCAGACUGACCUCAGUUCUCAGGAACCCACUUGCACAAAGGUUGGAGGCCAAACUUCUGAUGAAUUCAAGCCAGGCCCUGAAGGAGAUGGGCAGUUUUUAUCCCCAAGCCAGAAGGAUAUUCAGACCCUGCAGGACCUGGUGGAGUUGGCCAGGGAAGGACUCACCCUUACUCAGUGGAAGCUUGACACUGGCCAUGUCCAGGCAGCAGAGCAGCCAGGAAAAGAAUUGACUGACAGUGAUCCUCCAUGUAGUGGCUUUGUGCCCCCGUCCAAGGAGAAGAGCCUCCUCAGGAGCAGCAGCAAAAGAUCCUCUCUCCAGCUGCUGGCUCAAGAUUUUGGUGCCAUGGUGAACAACCCCCACCUGAGUGAUGUGCAGUUCCAGGUGGACAGCGGGGACGUGCUCUACGCCCACCUGUUCGUGCUGUACGCGCGCUGCCCGGCGGCGGCUCAGGCUGUGCACAGCGAGGGGUUGCUGGUGGAGGAGGACGGGGCUGCGCCGACGCAGCGGCUGCUGCUGAGCGACGUGUCAGCUGAGGCUGUGGCUGCCUUCCUGCAGUACCUCUAUGCUGCUGACACCAACUUCCCUGAUGGGCUGCGGCCUCAGCUGCAGGCUCUGGCUGCCAGGUUUAGUAUGAGGGAACUAAUGGCAGAGUGUGAAAACAACACUGGAGAGAGCCAGGUGUCCUCUGGAGUGGAUUCAGAAGAUGAUCUUAUCUCUGUGAGGGGUGAUGAAGAUUGUGAGGACAGAGCGGAGAACUUCCAAGACCUCUUGAAGUCAGUGUGGGUGGGUGAAGAUGAGGAAGAAGUAGCUAUGCUGAGCCCUGAGUGCCAGAAGGAGGAUGACAGUGAGGUGGGAGAACAAGAGCUGGAGGAAAUCUAUGAGUUUGCUGCAACUCAGAGAAAGAUGGCUCAGGGUGAAAGAGAGGUGAGCGAGGGAACACACUGCAGCAUCUGCAGUGACACUGAGGCCAUUCAAGGUACAAACCAGCAAACUGAGCAGGAAGAGGGAGAGAGACCUGAAUCUGCUUCAGUAAGCAACAGCCUCAAAGAUCUGAGGGAUAGCAGCAGUGUGGAAAGAUCGAAGUGUGACUUGUCUGCACAAGAAGAGAAGAUGCAGAAUAUAAACAGGUGCAAGAGCAUGAGUGAUCCACAGACCACUAUUGUGCCUCACCACAGUGAACCUCAGAAAUGGGAUGGAACAUCCCAUGGUGCUAAUGAAGGAGGGGCUGUUGGGGGAUGUGAGGAUAUGGAGGAUUCCAGGUCAUCUCAGGUCUCACAUGACAAGGCAGAUCCUGGUUUCCAGGGUGAUACUGAUAUAAAUGACAGCUAUGAACGUUUGUUUUCUGCCUCUCAGGGGGAUCACUGUGAGCCUUCCCCAGUGAAAGAAGUUACCAAAGAACCAGGAAAGUCCCCUAGUGAAAAACAUGUUGGUCUUAAUGAUUCACUUCUGUUCAGCAAGUCACAAAAAGACUGCUCUCCGUGUAAGAAUGGAUUUUGUGGGAGUCUAACUCCCCAGCCUUAUGUGUCCCUUUUUCCUGCUCUUGGCUCUUCACCUGCAUCUCCAAAAUCAGAGGGAAAGUUUGCCAGGGAACAUGUGUCAACACCAAAGCAAAACAAAAAGGAAAAAUCAUUCCCAUCUUAUGAAAUACACUCCCAGAAAGCCAAGGAGUUGGGUGCUGCAUCAAGAAACGAGAUCACAGUUUCUGCAGCAGAGCUUCCUCACAGAGACUCAAGCAAGCACACACAUGUCCCAGUGUUGUCAUCUCCAGGCAGGACUCAGGAUGCUGCAGCUCAGGGGAUCAAGAAGUGUGAUGUUAUUGUUUUAUCUUCUGAUGAUGAUGAAAUGGAGUUACAACAAGGCAAGAAGUUGCCAGAGUCUGACUCUGCUCUGAAGAAAAUGGAAAUCCCUGUGCACCUGAAGUGUACAGACAUGAAACAAGGUCCUGAGAUACCAAAACCUGACCCUAACUUACCAGAUCCUGAAACAGAGCAGAGAUCAGCCCAGGUCUCAUGUGGCAAUACAGACACAGUGUGUGUGAGUGGUGAUGUAAAGGUGUCCCCUGUAUUUCCUCUCAGCAGACAAACAGGUGCUUGUACAGAGAUCAAACAGAGUCCAAACCCAAGCCCUGGGAAAAGGCUCAGUAAUGAAAUGUCUCCAGGCACAGACAGCUCCUGGCUUGUGCCAGGAACACCAGUUCUGAGCAAAAGCAGAAGCUCCUCAACACAGACUCAGGUCACAAGUAUUGAUUCUUUAAAGGGUCUAGGAUCUAAACUCAGCACAAAGAACUUAGCAGCAGGUAAUAGUAAUCAUGAAAUGACUGGAAAUUUAAUAAAAGUUCAUGAAACAGCAUUGUCAGACAAACAUUUGCCAACGGAGAACUCGGCCAGUGGAAGGAGCCCACCCAGCAGCCCAGCAGCAGAAUCCUUUUCCAAGAAUCCCCUUCCAGUUUCUCCAGUAGAUCCAGUUUUCCUCUCCCCUGGCCACACCAGCACAGAAAGUACCUCAGGUUUACCCAGACCGGUGUCUCUGUGCCAGGAGCAGCCACUAGAAGAUAAAAUCAAUGUCAGUGUGGUUGAGCUGGAGGACAGUGACAGGGAAGUAAGUCUGCCUUCUCUGGGUAGCAGUGUUGUGCUGUGUGAGGAUCCCCCACUCCCUGUGGAGGACUGCUGGCACCUUGAGGAUCUGUCACCAGCCAGAGGUGACGGCCAGGGCAGCACGGCCAGCCCUGGCUCGUGGCAGGAGCAGGGGGAGAGCCCAGUCCAGGUGCCAGGAAUUAGGGGCAGCACCCCUCUCCAAGGAACUCCUGCUGGCAGGAGAACAACUUUGCACUGCCCUGAGAAGAGCCCUAUUGAGCCAUGUUCAUCAGUGGGCAGCAGAGCCAGUUACCUGGACUCCAAAAUCUGGGAUGACUGGAAUGGAGAAGAGAAGGAAGAUGAACUUCCAGAGAUUCUUCCUCUGUCUCAGAGGUUGGCAGCUGCAGCAGAGGCUGGUCAGACAGAUCCUGUCAAGUCUCCUGAACCUUCCUGUCAGGAGAACAACAAGUCCCCCAGCACUCCAGUGACACCCAUGCCAGCUUAUUCCAUGAUGGAGACCCCACAGCUGAAGAAGGAGCUGAGCAGGUUCGGUGUCCGUGCUCUCCCAAAACGCCAGAUGGUGUGGAAGCUGAAGGAGAUAUUCCAGUACACUCACCGGGAUGGGGACUCAGACUUUGAGGAUGAAAUCCCCUAUUCGCAGCCCCUCCCACGGAAGUCCCCGGCCAAGCGGCCGAGGCGGCUGAAGGCGGGCGGGGCUGCGGGCAGGACCCGCGGCAGCGCCCCCAGGGCUGCGGGCAGGAGGAAGCAGCUUGCCAAGGCUUCUGCAGUGCUCCCUAGCGAUGAGGCUGAUGGAAUAGGCUGUGCCACGGCCAAGGACAGAACUAAAGUGACACAUCAGCCAGAAGGAGGCAAAGGGCAGGAAAGGCCGUCUGUGCCCCUGGCAGCUGAUAGUGAGGAGCUCCCGGCAUCCCAGGAGUCAGCAGGUUCUUCACUGAAUGGAAGUGACAUCUCCUUUGGCUCACAGAGUUCCUUUGUGAAUGGAUUUGAAACCUGUGCUUUUACGUCUGAGGAGGAGGAAGAGGAAUUUCCAGCAUCUCAAGCAGCAGCUCGGGAAGAGGAAAAGCUGGAGGCAAUAAGGUGCUACAUCCGCUCAAACACAGCCCUGUACAACAGGAUUCUCUUCUACGAGCCCAUCGAGCUGGCUGAUCUGCACACAGAGCUCAAACAGAAUGGCAUUAAAAUUUCCAAGGCAAAGCUGCUGGACUUUCUGGAUUCUCAGUGCAUCACAACUACCAUGGCCAGAGCCCGGAGAGAGCAGCAACAGAAAAGGAAGGAGAGCAGAAAACAGAGAAAACGAUACCGAGUGAAGCCCACUCCUACCCGCUGAAGAUUCUGUACGUGGAGGCCGUGCUGCCUCCCGAACAGAGGCAGAGUUCCCAGCUGGUGCGGUGGGUGGAGCGCUGCUGCUCCUCGUGGUCUGAUCCCAGGUGACAUCCCGGAGAACGGCCCUCUGCUCCCAUAGCACAACUGCCCCAAGGCUGCCCUGCCUGCAGCACACAGCUCACCUGCAACCUCUUUUCACCCAGUUUAACUCUUGUACCUUUUCUUUCCAUUUUUCUGAUAGAUUUUAGGUCUCCAACUUUUCUUUGUGCUGGUGCUUCCCUGAGUGACAUUUGCCAGGACCUAUUCCCUGGAUUUGGGCUGUGAAAUGCUUCACCCUUCAAAUUCCAGGAUUCAGUCCACUCUAUCAAGCACUGCCUGUUUACACUCCUGUGAAUUCCAUCUUCACUUCUUCAGCACAGUUUGCACUGCUGAUUCUUGAAGCAGGGGAAUGCGGUAGAAAUACAUAUAAGACUUUUUUUCUUGCUUCACUUGGCAAUCUCUACUAAAACUCCUAAAUCUCUGUUUCUGAAAUGGCUGCAGAACAGGGCAGGGGUUUGUUCUGUUCCCUUUGUGACACCUCCCAAAAGUGCUCCUGACACCCUAUGUCAGGGGAAAGCUCCCAGCAGAGAUGUUUUGAAGAAAAUAUUUAAGUGAGUACUGGAACUUUUCAGCACUUCUCAAAUCUUGAGCUAAACCUACUGCUUGGAUCAGUUCCAUUUCCAAACUGGACUGGUCCCAGUUGUAAAGUGUCUGGGACUCCUGGAGAAGUCUUGGACCCUAACUUGUUGUAUUUGAUGUAUUGACAUUUACAACAACUUCUGACUUCUGAGUGUGCAAAGGCUUACUGAAAAACAUGGGCACAACAGAAAAAAAGGGCAGAUUUCUAGAUAUCUUUGUGUAUGUUGGACAUAAUUUUUUUUAUUUUUGAUACAGAAUUUGUUUUUUAUUUACAUUACAUAAAAUAAACACUCUAAAUCCUG